CAAGCAAAGCAUGCCAACCCAAAAACACAUAGUAAUGCUGCCAUACAUGGCACAUGGCCAUCUCAUCCCCAUGUUCCACUUAGCAAAGCUCAUUGAACAAAGAUACCCAGAUCACACCAUCACCAUUGUCAACACUCCUCUCAACAUCCAAAGGCUUCAAUCUUCACUCCCUCCAAACUCCAACAUCCAUCUCAUAGACCUCCCUUUCUCAAGCUCCAACCAUGGUCUCCCUCCCAACUCUGAGAACACUCGCUCCCUGCCAGCUCACCAAAAACCUCUCCUCUUAUUCACCACUGAGUCAUUUGAACCUCAUUUCAACCUCAUUUCAACCUUCUCAUCACCAACAUGAUCAAAGAUGAUCAUUGUCCAGUUUGCAUCAUUGCUGAUCUCUUCUAUGGUUGGACUGUAAACACUGCAAAAAUUCACAAUAUCUUCCAUGCUACCUACAUGCCUACAGGAGCAAUUGGCUCUGCGUUCUUGUUCUCUAUGAUGAAGCAUCUCCCACACACCAAGACAGAGGCCAUGGAGUUCAAUCUCCCCGGCUUCCCGUCAUCUUUCCGUCUUCACCGAACUCAGCUUCCAGGUCCUUUGAGAUCUGAUGAUGGUUCUGAUGAAGUGUCUAUCUUUUUCCGAAAGAAAAUAGAGCUCUCAUCCCUUUCUGACGCAUUUCUUUGCAACACUGUGAAGGAGGUUGAAACCCUGGGGUUGCAGGCUCUCCGGUGGAACGCCGGGGAUGUUCCUGUGUUAGGGGAAGAGUUUGAGUCUUGUGUUCAAUGGCUUGGUAGUCGGUCUCCUUGUUCAGUCAUCUACAUAUUGUUUGGCUCAGAGAACAACAUAUCAGCAUCUCAAAUGAUGGCACUUAUCCAAAAUUUAAAAGAAAAACGCGUCGCAGCAGACGCCUUGGCCAGUGACAAAAGCAGCGUCAAUGGCUUUUCUUUAUCACGGUUUUGCGCGGUGAAAAGUUUAAGCGAGUCUGUCAAAUGA